GGGGGCCCCCGGGCAAUAGGGGAUCAUGGGGUCCCUGUGUCCUUGCCCAAACUCAAAAAAGCCUGUGAAAAAAGUACCAGGGGCAUCUCAUGGGGCCCCCUACUCACCCCGGGCCCUCGGGCAGUGCCUGAAUUUCCAAAUGGUCAGUCUGCCCCUGAUUGGGUCCUACAUGGUUACUCUGUGACAGGGGCGGACUGACAACUCAUGGGGCCCCGGGCAAUAGGGGAUCAUGGGGCCCCUGUGUCCUUGCCCAAACUCAAAAAAGCCUAUGAAAAAGGUACCAGGGGCAUCUCAUGGGCCCCCCUACUGACCCCGGGCCCUUGGGCAGUGCCCGAGUUUUCAAAUGGUCAGUCCACCCCUGCUC